GUUUCUAGGCUGCCGUCACUUCCGGUUCUCUGUCAGUCUGGAGCGAGCGAGCCGAGAGCUGUUCGGGACCGAGCGGAGCAAUGCCUAAGUCAAAGGAACUUGUUUCUUCAAGCUCUUCUGGCAGUGAUUCUGACAGUGAAGUUGACAAAAAGUUAAAGAGGAAAAAGCAGGUUACUCCAGAGAAACCUGUGAAGAAGCAGAAGACUGGUGAGACUUCGAGAGCUCUGUCGUCAUCCAAGCAGAGCAGCAGCAGCAGGGAUGACAACAUGUUUCAGAUUGGGAAAAUGCGGUACGUUAGUGUUCGGGACUUUAAAGGGAAAGUCCUAAUUGAUAUUAGAGAAUAUUGGAUGGAUCCAGAAGGUGAAAUGAAACCAGGAAGAAAAGGUAUUUCUUUAAACCCCGAGCAGUGGAGCCAGCUGAAGGAACAGAUUUCUGACAUUGAUGAUGCAGUAAGAAAACUGUAAAACCAGAGCCAUAUAAAACCUGUACUGUUCUCGUUGUUUUAAUCUGUCUUUUUACAUUGGCUUUUGUUUUCUAAAUGUUGUUUUCCAAGCUGUUGUAUAUUUGGAUGCAGAACAGUUUGUAAGAUGAAUACUUUUUUUUUUUAUGUGCAUUAUUAAAAAUGUUCUGAGUGAAGCUAAUUGUCAACUUUAUUAAGGAGAUUUGCUUUGUGCCCGCCACCUAGUGUAAAAUAAAAGCAAGUAACACAACCUUAA